AUGAUAUCGAGGGCCGAUUUAGAAAAAUGCAAAAAAAGCGAAUUAAAGUUCUGGCUUAACUGCCGUGGCUUACGUUAUAAGUCAACAGAAACAAGAGCUGAACUUCUUUCAAGGUAAACGUUUAUUAUAGACCAACUUGUUUUUAUUUUUGAUUGUUUAUGCGGCGUUUUUGUCAAACGAAAACGAUAACAUUAAUGCGAUAAUUAAGCUUAUUACCGACGUGACCUCUCUUGAAGGUUUGUAAGUUUGUUUGCACCGAUUACCUUUCAAAAUGUACUAUAAUACUAUCUCCAUUGAAUGUUUCUGUUUUCGAUCAUUAGCGUUUAAGUAUUUAUGUAUCGCUUUUAGGGUAAGACAGAACUUGGAUAAAGAUUUUAUUCUGAUCGACCCUGAUCCCGGGAAAGCAUACACACGAGCAAAAAAAUUGUAAAUUAAACGAGACUUACCUGUAAGGUGAAGUUUGAUUGAGGUUCUACCAGGUCAUCACAGCAGCAGAGAUUACAUGAGAGAUAGCGCAUGCGCAUAGCUGGUCAAUAUUAAAAGCACUGAGUGUCCGUAUGUAAUAAAAAGAAGACCCAGUAGGCCCAUAACAGGAUAUGGGCUGAGUAUGAAACCAGGGAGGGUAACAACUGGGAGGGCAUGUAAUCUCUGCUGCUGUGAUGACCUGGUAGAACCUCAAUCAAACUUCACCUUACAGGUAAGUCUCGUUUAAUUUACAAUUCUACCAGGUCAUCGCAGCAGAGAUUCCAUGAGAUUUCAAAGCCAUAUGGACACGAAGACAAAAUAAACAAGGAACACCUAUAAAACACAACUGGUGUCCUAGUUUAUUAACUGUAGUAGAAAAACCAAGACCUAGAAAGCUAGGCUAAUACAUUAAUGCUGGUACCAAGAACAGCUUGGCCAAAACGAGAAACAUUAUCUUCAAUAGGUUUGUUGUAAAACUUACGGAAAGUGCAAUCUCCUUUCCAAGACGCUGCCUUAAGAAUCACAUCUAUAGGCACCUGGCAUGCAUUUGCUUUGCUGGUAGAAGCAGCUCUGGUACUAUGGGGUUUGAACACUUCCACAUCAAUACCAGCCUUGAUCAUAACAUUCUUAAUCCAACGUGAAAUAGUGUCCCUAGACACGGCCUGGUAGGGUUUAACAAAACUAAUAAAGAGUCUGGUUUCUCCACCUCUAAGGGGUGCAGUACACUUAAUGUAUUCUGAGAGAACUGAGUAAACGCAAACCCUGCCAUCUGCUGGGAAGGCAGGAAGGAUAAGCUCUGGUAGAUUCCUGCCUGGAGCUGACUGCUUAACAAUAUCCUUAAUAAUAAAUUUAUAGUGGUCAGUAUUUUUCUGCAUACUAGUAAUAUCCAUAAGAUGGAAAGACUGACAUCGCUGACCUGUAACCAGUGCUAUUAACAUAACUAGCUUAUGGGUAAGCUCUUUAAGGCUUAUGCUUUCCAGCGGUGGAAAUGUUUGAAGGUAUGUCAAAACGCUUGUGGGAUCCCAGACCGACUGGUAUCUAGGUAUACUAGGCCUAUUGUUAAAUACAGCCUUCAAAAAACGGUUAACUAAUGGGUGAGAACCCACAGUUUUGUUAUCAUCUAGGUGGAUAACAGAUGAUAGAGCACAACGAGCAGUAUUCAGGCUACUGUAGCCGAGUCCACUAUCAAACAGUUCAGUUAAGAAAUCUAUGACUUCUGAUAUAGCUGGUUGAAUGGGAUCAGUAUUCCGUCCACUGCUGAAUGUGGUCCACCGCUGUAAGUAUGUUCGGUACUGUUUCUGGGUUCCUUCCCUCCAGGACUGCAGAAUGAGCUCUUGAGCCCUCGCUGAAAUGCCUUUAUUUUGGAGACUUUCCCUGAUAAGUGACAUGCCAUCAGCAGCAGUUUUGCCCCAAUGGGUGUUCUUUCCCUGGGUUGAAGGGGAGGUGUACGAUGUUGGGACGAUUGGGGAGUAGCACUGGGGUCUGCACCAGAAGUCUUGUUAAUUUGGGAAACCAGGACUGUGUUGGCCAAUGAGGGGCUAUCAUGAUUGCUUCUGCUUGAUCCUCCUCCACCUUUUGUAGAACUUGUGAAAUUAAACUGAAGGGAGGAAAAACAUAGUUAUAUUGUGUUCCCCAGUCUAAUGUAAAAGCAUCUACUCCAACAGCAUUAGGAUCAGGGAUCCAUGAAACAUAACGAGACAGUUGAUGGUUAAGUCUGGAUGCGAAUAAAUCAAGGUCAGGUUUGCCAAAUAAGGAAAAAAUUUCUGACACCACUGGUUGGUCCAGUUUCCAUUCUGUUUUGUCAUUAAAAACCCGGGAAGCAGAGUCUGCUUCGAUAUUCUCGACCCCAGGGAUAUGUGCAGGUGUGAUCCAGAUAUCUCUGUCCUUGCACCAAAGCCAUAUGUCUCUGGAGAUAUCAUUACAAGGGGUAGAAUGGGAUCCCCAUGUUCCUCAGAUAUGAUACAGUGGUGGUAUUAUCAGACAGAACUUUAAUGUGGCAGUGAUGUUCUGAAGGGCAUAAAGCCUUGAGGCCCCAAAAACAGCGAGGAGCUCUAGGGCAUUAAUAUGCAGUUGAGCUUCUUCCGGGGACCACCUGCCACCUGUGGAAAUCCCAUCUGAAAAGGCUCCCCACCCUUGGGUAGAGGCAUCUGUUUUGAGUUCUCUUGUGAUUUUCCCAUGACUAAUCUUCCUUUUGCAUGUUUUGGCAUGGUUCAUCCACCAGACUAUGUCAUUUUUUUGCUGUUUCAGACAACAUCAUAGGACUUUCAAAAUUCCAGUUGGAAUUUUUUUUUAGAGCAGUUGAUUUUUCAAUCUCAAGUUGUCUGUAAAAAGUCUAGCAUACUCUACACCAGGGAAAAAAGAUACCAUAAUGCCCACUAAACGAGCAACCAGUCUAACAGGAACAGAUGUAGAUUGCAAUACCUGAUGUGCUGAGGCAAGUAGCUUGCCAAAAUUGUGAUCUGUUAUGCUAACAGACAUGUCUAAGGAAUUUAAAAUAAAACCCAGAUGUUCAAGGAUCUGUGUAGGUUGGACAACUGAUUUAGCCAAAUUAGGGCAGAAACCCAAGUCCCCUAAAAGGGUUAAGGUAUCCUGGACAUUGGAUGAGCAGGCCACACUAGUGUCUCCUUCUAAAAAGGAGUCGUCUAAAUACCCACUAGAAACAUGUCCUUUGAGUCGGAGGUAUGCAUACACAGGUUUGAGUAAUUUGGUGAACACUCUGGGAGCACAGGCAAGGCCCUGCGCAAGGCAAGUAAACUGAUAAAGCUUUCCUUUCCAUAAAAACUUAAGAUAUUUUUGAUGUGACCGGUCAACAGGUACAGAAAAAUAAGCAUCUGAAAGAUCAAUAGAUGCCAUAAAACACCCAGGUUUCAUCAAGUGAACACAGGUUUCAAUAUUAUCCAUCUUAAAAUGAUGGUAAGCAAUAAAGCGAUUGAAUUCUUUCAAAUUCAGAAUCAUUCUGAAACUCCCAUUUUUCUUAGCUCGGAGAAAAACGGGGGAUAUGAAUCGGUGGAUUCAUGUUGGGACUCAACAAUGAUACCCCUAGACAAAAAUUUUGAAUCUGCUGAUCUAAGGCCACUGCUGCCUCAGUAUACAGAAUGGUAGGUCUAACUCUACCUAGUUGAACAGGCUGUAUGUCAUAAAACUCAAGUUUGUAGCCCCGUGCGAUGGACAGAAUAGUUCUGUCAGAGGUAAUUUCUUGCCACUUGGCCAGAAAAUUCUUAAUUCUUCCACCAGUAAUAAGGGUGGGUACAGAGCUUACCUUAGGUUGAGUCAUGACUGUUUCACAGUCUGUUUCAUUGUUUUCGUCUCGGUUUUGCGAGGUUCCUUCCUGUAUGAGGGGUGAUUGCUCCUCUGAUAGCCUCUGCCAUGGUUGCUGUACUGGUUGAAGGGGCGCUGGUUGCGCCCCCUUGGCCCAAAAAGACCGUGAUGGCCCUUUAUACUUCUGAGAACUUGGCUUGUUGGAUCUUGUAAGCUGUUUGGCUGCUUUGUUACUCUCGGUAACUGUUUUCAGCCGCUCGCUAGGGUCGUCACCAAACAGUUCACUUCAAUUGGGUGCUUGUUAUUACACAAGGCCUUGUAGCUGUCAUCUAAAUCUGUUUUGAACAAGUCACGGCGGCAAAUAUUCAAGCUGUGGUUAGCCGCCGCUACAAGAAGAAGGGAAUUCGAUAGAGCUUCCCAUAGGGUCUCUUUGGUUGGCAUUGCAGCGCCUGAAUCCAAAGAUUCACCCACUUUUCCUGUCAUGUCUGCAAGAGGAAUAAGCCCUUUAAUCAGGGUGUCUUGCAAAGCUUGAAGUCUAGCAUCCAUGCUUCGUGUUGGCUUUUUAGCGAUGUCCCAAAUCUCGGAAUUGACACGAGUUUGGGCAAGUAAUGUGCUGUUUGUGGGCCUAUGAAUGUUCUCUUUUAAGCCGCUUAGUGGCUUGAUCAUUAAGACCACUGGCGAGGAUGUUGUUAAAACGUUUGCGAUUUUUUUUCCGAAAUCGCUGGCCCGUGACUUCGUCCUCGGUCACCGGUGACAAGUGAAUCCACUUUGCCAGUAGUAUCUGUCGUUUUGGAACGGGGUUGUUCGUCCGGUUGUGGCGUGAUUCUGGGUCGCUUUGGCGGAGGCCCUUCCUCAUUCUCGCUUUCAGCCAACGAAGGGCGUCGACAUCAUCCACAUCUUGCAAUAGCCAGGCAUCGUGAGACUCUUGUAAAGUUUUGACAACGGGCACCAUGUCUUGCACGAGGCUUGUCAAUAGGUCGAGUUUGUGGAGAAGCCUAGCUUCUCCCUCGCCUUCAGCAGAGUCAGCAGCCUGACUCGUGUUUUAUGGCAGAUGUGGAUUGUUGUUUUGGAGAUCGAGACGAUCCUGUAAGCGUAGUUCCUUUGCUUGUCAAAUUCGGCGAAUUUGACUCGGUCAGUGACUCCUUGGUCACAUCAAGGAUUUCAUCAAAUACGCCGGAACCCGGCGUAGGCAUUUUAGUGAAUGAAAAAACACGGCAGUUAUAAACUUUGCUUCGCAAAGAUUGCCGAUGUAUGAUAAAUAAGAAAUAUAACUUUACGAUGGUGAAGAUAGACACCGGAUUGUGAUGGGCUAACAGACCAGCCUUGCCAAAAUGGCGACGCAAGCACAAAAUUGACCAGCUAUGCGCAUGCGCUAUCUCUCAUGGAAUCUCUGCUGCAAUGACCUGGUAGAAGCAAGAUGCAGAUUUUGUUCUGGGGAGGAGCAGCUUAGAAAUCCAGAAAGCCAAGAGCCCGAAGCACUGGUUACAGAUACAGAUGUAGACGUUGAAGAGAGCUGGAGUACUGAUACCUCAGUUCUUCCAAAGCGUUUUUCUUACCUUAAUAUUGUUGAACAUGCCAAAAAAUCCGGAAGAGAAGCAAAAAGCUAUGUUGAAAAGCCCCUCGAAAAGGGGUACAAGUUUUUCUAUGAAAAUUAUUGUCACGAUGUUUUAUGUAAGCUUGAAGAAAAUGAAAUCCAUGUAAAAGGGAAGUGCUUUAGAUCACAAAAGAAAAAUGAAAGGCCUCAUAAUGUUACUGUGAUACUGUUAACUACUGGAGAUGUUAAGAGGGCUAAGUGUUCUUGUCCAGCAGGUGCAAAUGGGUAUUGUAAUCACACCAUGGGUUUAUUAUAUCUGAUUGAUCAUGUCAUUAAAUUAAAGGCCCCUGAAUUCCCAAGAAUUGGAACAUGCACAGACAACCCCCAACAGUGGCAUAAACCAAGAACCCAGGGUAUAAACCCUGAACCUAUUAUGGGAUAUAAUGUGAUCAAUCCUAAAUACAGGGACAAGAGCUCAGAGGGUUUAAAGUGUACUUUUUAUGAAGCCAGACAACCAAUGGUCCAAAAUAACGAGGGGGCAAAUAAUUUAUUUGAUUCACUGAAAAGCGUUAAUCCUUCUUUAGGAUUCUGUACUGUGUUUGAACAAAAACCUGCAACGAUUCCAACUAAAUUAAAUGGACACAUGGUUCCAUGUGGUAGUGUUUUAAGCUACCAGCUCUCCCUAACAGAAGCAAACUUCAAUGUUUUAACAAAUUUUCCAGUCUUGCAAAGACCCAGAGCUGUUGGUGAUUACUUUCCUGACCUCCCCAUUGAAACUAAUGUACCAGCUGGAGUGGGAUUGCAAAUGCCCCUUUCUUAUCAGGAGGACCGGUUUAUUAGUCAUUUGAAUGUCCCUAAUCCAUCUUUGAUUGAACGAGAAACUAGAGGUCAAAGCAACAACCCUUUGUGGUUUCAAAGUAGAAGACUAAGGUUAACUAGUAGCAAUUUUGGACUUGUUUGCAACCGAAAACUUAACAUAUCUCAAACAAAGUUUGUUCAAAAAAAUUUGCUGUCACCAAAGGAUCUUUCCAAUGUGCCUUCUAUAAGGUACGGGAUUUCAAACGAGGCUAAAGCGGCAAAUAAGUAUGCUGAAUACAUGACAGGUAUUGGACAUGACGUUCAGGUCUUAGAGUGCGGUCUUGUCGUAUCCAGCACAAUGCCAUGGUUGGCUGCUUCACCAGACAGAAAGGUGAUAGAUAAAAUAUUUGGUUUUGGUUUGGUAGAAAUCAAAUGCCUCUAUUCAUUAAGACACCUGACACCUGAGGAGGCGUGUGCUGACCCAAGUUUUUAUUGCCAACUAGUUAAUGGUAAGCCUGAGCUUAAAAAGGAUCACCCUUAUUACUAUCAAGUACAAGGCUAG